CUGUGGGUACAGGUCGUAAAUUUCUCCAAUAUUUUUCGUUAUUGACCAGUGAUAUAGGUUAGCAGAGUAAAAAGGUGUAUGCUGCAGUGUAUUUUCUUUAUCAACGGUAACUCGUUUUCAACGUUAGUAGGGUUUGUGUGGAAUAACACCAUAAUUUUUUAUCAUUGGCCAGCACAGAAAGCGUCGGUAUAACUUUCAUUCGCUUUCAACCAUUGCUGAGGACGAAAUUGGUAACGGGUAGCAGGCAGCUGAUGUGGAGUGGCCAACUGCGAUAGGUUUUGCUUCUGUUGUGCAAUUUUCUCGUAUAGUAUUGGAAUGUUAACUCUCUUAACAAUUCCUUCAGAAUACCGUGUAUUACGGAAAGGGUUCAUAAAUACAAACGAAUUUUCUGAGCUGUAAAAGUUGGAUCAACGUAGUUCUAGCUAACUUGGAAUCGCCAUGAGUACCUCUGGACGCUUUCAGUCGGUGAAAAAUCUCCAGCCGGCACGAUCCCUUCGUACACCGGCGCAGAAUCAUAAUGGUCCGGGGAACUUUGGUCUUGCUCCAGAGCAAAUCAAGGUCUUCCAGCCAGUUGCCCGCCAGUCCAACGGUAAUGGUAUAAGUGAAUCAGUCAGCAACAAUGGUUUUCGCUCACCGUCGUCAUCGUCAUCGAAUGCAUCAAUUGGCAACAAUGGAUAUGCGGGUGGAAAAAAUGGACAGCGUCGUCAUGAUGUCCUACGUUCACAGAAUACCAGCUUUGGAAGCAACACGAGUCUCAUCAGUAGUGGUAGUGGUAAAGACAUCCACACUAUCGUCACGUUCAGUUCGACUACAUUAACAACCGGAUCCAUGCACGAGGUUUACGUAUCAUUUGUUGAAAAUGGACCAAAGUUGUUUGCGGUACAACUAAAAGCCUCGGAAAACGCUCUUAACCAAAUGAUGAGCGCAUUGGAACGUGUUGAAUUGCGCAAUCUCUCACGCAAGCCCACACUGGGAAUGGCGUGCAUUGCCCGUUUCUCGGAAGAUCAGGUGCUGUAUAGAGCACUUAUCAUGGGAAUCAACGUAGAUUCAUGUCUUGUUUCAUAUGUCGAUUAUGGCAACAGCGAAACAGUUGAUUUAAAGAAUCUCUAUGAGAUUCCGAAAGAGUUCUUGAAACACAAAAUUUUUUCCAUGAGAUUCACACUGUCGAAUGUUAAGACCCUAGACGAUGCCAAUGCGGAUAUUGCUGGCCUCUUUUCCUCAUUGGUACUUGAUAAGUUGCUCACGAUGAAGGUGAUGCCACUGGAAGGACCAGCGUUCGUUCAGUACUGUGAGCUGUAUGAAAACAACGAAAAUGUUUUCGAAAAAUUGUACGACAUGUGCAAAGCAAAGCCUUUGAAGUUUCCAAAAGCCAUUUCGUUGGAUCACGGUAGCAGCUGUAUAAUCAUUAUUCGAUUCAUACAAUCGUGUAAGCAGUUCUAUGUUCAACCGGUUGAAAAUGCCGACAGUUUCGAUAAAUUAAUGGAUCAGUUGGCAGACUAUUGGCGCAAAAGUUCUACAAUGAACGCGUUAAAUUCCGGAGAUCCAUGUGCUGUGUGUCUUGACGGUAACGAAUACUAUCGCGCCGAAGUUGUUAGCGUUAUUGGAAGCAAAGCAAAGGUACGGUUGGUCGAUUAUGGUGCAACUUUAACCGUGGAAAAGAACCAGAUCAGGCGUUUGUCGCCGACUUGUGUCGAACAACCUCCACAGGUUGCUGAAUGCUGCUUGGAUGGAUUUCAGGACAUAAGUGAUGAUAAUCUAUCAACGACUCAGCUGGAAAUGUUGGCUGAGAACGAAAAUGGAGACCGGAAGCAAUAUAAACUAACCGUUUCUGACAUUGUGGAUGGGGUUGCGAUUGUCAAUCUGUUGGAUGAAUCUGUGUCACCGAUGUUAAAUGUAUCGAAGAGGCUGCUUAAACUGAAAAACCCGGCCAAAUUUAUUAAGGAGCAACAGCAGAUGCAACAACAGCAAUUACAAGCGCAACAGUCGAAACCGGUUGCUAUUAGUACAAAACAGACAUUCCAGUCUGCUCAGUCGGCACAAGUCCUACCGGUCCCACCACAGCCUCCAACAAUCAACUCACGCAAUCCAUUCCAUUCGUCAACGGUUAUGUCGGAAACAAUGAAUCUUUCACAAACUACAUGUCCUCGAAUGGCAGAAAGUGAAAUAAUUGAUUUAACCAGCGACGAUUGGGAACCGGCUAAAAACCGUCCACUGGACAGCUUCGGUGCGGGAUAUGAACAGACCGGUGGAUCAACCUAUGGAAACAGUAACUAUGGAGGAAGCAGUGUAGGCACUGCCCGCCCAGGCAGUACUCGAAGUGGACGCGAUAGUCACAACAGCAGCCGAGAUGCCAACAGUAGCAUUGGUAGCACAAAGAAGGAACGCUUUCAACGGCCUGACAUUCCCCGAUUUAACAAAGAACGAAAUCCAACUCCGCACUACAUUGAGCAUGACAAUCGCUGUGAAGAAAACAACAGUUACGAACAUCACGAUAAUCGUGGUAGCAGCCGAGAUAAGUUGGGCGCCCAUAAAGGUCGCCAAAGUGACACCGGUAGCGAGUCUGGCUUCAACACACAGUCUGCAGAAAGACCAAACUCGUCCCGCGACAGUUUCAAGUCUUCCACGGUCAGCCUGGAUUUGGUAGAAGAUUAUGUACCAUAUGAUUUCUCCUUACCGGAACACGUGAUUCCGAUGAACACCAAGGUAGCAAUCAAACUGACCUGGUGGGUAUCUCCGGAGGAAUUUUACGUUUUCCUGAAGGACGAAGAAAUCAAAUACGACGAAAUGAUGAAACAGAUUCAAAAGUUUUACAAAACCAAAACGCCCGUUAGUGACGUACCGCCCGUUGGUUCCAAUGUGAUUGUCCGCUACCAGAAGCACAACACUUUCUAUCGAGCUGAAGUGAUCAAGUAUAAUGAAGCACUUGGCAAGUUUAAGGUUGAACUAUACGAUUGCGGUAUCAAAACAAUCGUUACAAACGCAGAUCUAUGGAAACUCGAAAGACGGUUUGCGAAAAUGCCAAAAAUGGCUAUCCCGUGUACGUUAGCCAAUAUCAAGAUGAUCUGUGAGGCAAAGGAGCUUCUGAACAAAAUCGACACGUACGUUAGCAACGAUCGCUCCAUAGAGUGCCUCUUUCAUGAUCGCGUUGAGGAAAAGUAUGUUUGUGAUGUGGAAACGGACGGUGCUGAUCUGAAGAUGGGGCUGAUGAAGGAUAAUCUGAUUGCUCAAAUACUUACAGACAUCGAUCUCAAUCGGCUGAAGGGUCAGACGCUCAAGCUUAAGCUUGUCGAAAUAAAGGGACUCGAUCAGUUCCGGGUAAAGAUCUUCGGAAGCGACGCAGUUCUGAACUGUCGCCAGGUUGAGUACGGUGCAUACGAACAGUUCGUCGUUGAUGAAAUUCAAUCGAAAUGGUUGGAUCAGUACUGUUUCGCACAGGUGGAAGAUGUAUCGAAUGAUGAUAGAUUGAUACUAACGCUGCUGAUUUCACCACUUUCAAGCCAGACCCCGCCGACCAUCGUUGACAUGCCAAUUCUGCAGAACAAGUUCAAUGUUUUGGUGACAUACGUCCACGAACCGAAUUGCGUCUACGUAACAAACACGAAAUGGAACCUGGAAAUCGGCAAACUGUUGGACGAUUUGUAUGAUUACUACGAGAAGACUGGCGACGUAAUUCAGAACCUGCAAGUGAAUGAACUGUGUGCGUCGAAAUCUGCCGACGGCAACUGGUACCGUUCUAAGAUCAUUUCUCUGCAAGAUGUGGACAAUAUUGAGGUGCUUCUUGUAGAUUACGGUAAUCGUGAACAGGUUAAACAUCAGGAUCUCAAAGUGUUGGAACCUCAAUUCCGCGAGUACAGUGCGUUUGCACAUCGCGUGUACCUGCCGAUGGCGUGCCUUAACGAGGGAGAUGAAAGUCGUCUAAAAACGGAAAUCUCUCUGCUAACCGGAGAUUUUGAGCUACAGUUGACUGUUUUAGACUAUCGGAACGAUAUCUGGAUAGUCGAUAUUACAUCGAAUGAUUAUAGCAUCGUUCAAGUACUCAAGGACAAGCAGCUCGCCAGAGACUUGGAUCACGAAGAAAUAUUGAAUCAGAAAACAAUUGUGAAUAACGAUUGUACGGAAGUAGUGUCCGACAAACCGGAGGAAGAGGUGGAGGAUGAACCAAAAUAUCAGAAACUUAAGGCAUUCGUAAGUCACGUGGAUAAUCCGAACCAACUCUUUCUUCAGAUGUCGUCAGAUUUGGUUGAUCUGGAUCAGCUCCAGGAGAAUCUUCAAAUCAUUGCGCAAGCUCUGCCACAGUUGAAAGACUUCUCGGUUAACCGUUACUGCAUUGCACCAUACUCGGCAGAUGAUUUGUGGUAUCGGGCUCGGAUUAUUGACAGUCACGAUGACUUAAUUAUUCAGUUUAUCGAUUUCGGCAACAGUGAUGUGAUUACUAGUAAUAGGAAAUCAGACCUGAAGGAUGUUAACGAUAGCUUAAUGAAGUUUAAGAUUUAUGCGAAACAAUGCUCUUUGCUAGUUACUCCUGCUAGCGGUAAGAAGAGUUGGAACGAAGAGGCUACCAUGAUUUUACGUGAACUGGAAGAAGUAGAAUUACAGAUAUUGGCUGAAUGCCAGGGAGUGAACUAUAUCAAUUUGAAGUGUGGAGAUCGAGAUUUGGGAGAGGAGUUGAUUUCGAAACAGCUGGCAGUGAAAAUGGAAUAUGUACCAUCCGAUCAGCGAUGUUUUACAAGUCACAUCGAAUCGAUCCGAGAGUUUUAUCUACAGCUUGAGCGGGACGUUAAUCCACUGGAUGUAAUGUCCGACUAUAUGGCUCGCUUCGAGGAAUUCGCAUUAGUGGAUGAUCCUAAAGUAGGCUUGGUUUAUGUUGCUGAGUUUCCCGAUGAUGGACUCUGGUACCGAGCCCGAAUUUUGGAAGUCUUGAAAGAUAACGGGUUUGAAGUGUUCUUCCUUGACUAUGGUAACACAUCCCGGGUGAAAAAUGUGAGAGAAUUGGAACCUAUUAUUGCCAAAUUGCCUUCGCUUUGCACUAAGUGCACACUUAAAAUUCCGGAUGGCGUUAAGGCUUGGUCGGAGGAAGCUGAGGAUAAAUUUAAGGAAAUUGCUGCCAUGGGCGAAACUGUUUUCACCGUAGUACUACGCAGCCCUGGUUUGGUAGCCACUGUCGAGUUGUUCCUGGAUGGAGUGAACAUCAACGAUCAGCUGAUGGAUCUUUGCGAAAAAGGAGCUUCUAGUGUGAUGAAUUCCAGUUUUUACCUCAGUGAUGAUAAGACACAGGACGAUAAUUAUCCCUUGGAAGGAUACGUGUUCGUGAGCCACGUAAAUUCCCCUGCUGAUUUCUAUAUUCAGUUUAAAAACACAUUCGAUGCCCUUAAAAAUAUGGAAGAAUUGCUCACGAGCAAAGCUGCUCAAUGCGAAAGACUCACCCACGAUGAAAUCUAUGAAGGCAUGUACUGUUUGGCCUACCUGGUUUCGUACAACAAAUAUUACCGUGCUCAAAUAAUUUCCGCCACAAAUCGGCAGUACAAAGUUCAAUUGAUUGACUACGGAUUUACAUCGUUUGCAACUGAUCUUCGUAAAAUGCCUGCCGGAAUCGAGCAAAUUUCGGUACUUGCAAAGAAAUGUUGUCUGGAAACAUAUUCCCCUAAUGAAGAAAACGUGCUGGAAGUUGUUCAGAAGCGGUUUGUUUCCCUGACUGACUCGGGUCGGGCUCCCUUUUCCUUCGAAAUUGUACGCAACGACUCCGAGCCCAGCAUUGUUCGACUGUUCACUGAGGACGGCAAAAAUGUAGAAGAUUUGCUCGAAUGUGUGGAUAGCGCUAAUAACAACGACAGCAAUUUCCAAAGUAAGGCUACACCCGCAGAAGCUGCCCCUCCACCGACCCCAGCGGAUUUAGUUAAAACGGCACGCCCGAGAACGAAGCCGGCCUUCUUUCGAGCGAAGAGUGACCUCGAACUUUAAACAGAACAUUCGUCAUACUGUGUAUGUGCUUAGCGUGUAAGAUUCGAAUUGAGACAAAACAUCAAAUACCAAAAACGAAAUUGUUACUAACUUUGUUAAGAUGAACUGAACCUUAUUACACAACCAUAUAGUUUCUAGUAUGUAUGGAACGACUUUCGAUAGAGAAACAAUAGUUGAAUUUGUCAAACCAUUUAUUUCUCAUUUUAAUUGACAUCAUGAUACAUCUAUUUUAUUUCAUUAGUAUUCAUGUUUUUUUUAUUUAUCAUUCAUACUCCAGUUCACCUAAAAAGUAAAAUAAACAAAAACAGAAUUCGUCCAAAAAAGUAAAUAUAAAAUAUCACUAUGAUAAGCCUGCAAACGAACUGAUUUUAUAAAUUCUAAAUAGAUAGUAUACUCAAGAAUAUUUAAAUGAAUUGUAUCACUUUGUUUGUAUAUCAAACAAAAACAGUCGAAUAAAAAGUAAUCCCAUACUCAUGGAGGUAUUUGAAAAAUACAAAAAACCUGAGCAAAAAAAUCGUGCAAUGCAUAACGAUGCCUUAUUUAACGAACGAGAUAUUUAUUACAUAUUUAACAAAAAUGUUGUUGAACACAUGCACUUAUUUAACGAUAUAAGAGUUGACAAUAAUAAA